CGGUAAAAAAGGCUAUAAAAAAAUGAACGUAACGAUGUGGCAACGGUGAGAAGUUGUCGCUCGGUUACAGCUGACAGCUGUGAAAAUUAUUUGGAAGGCGAAAUUUCUGAAUCAACCGCAACCGAUGAUAAAGACCUAUCUCAAUCAUGGGCAGUAAUCUCGUAAUUAGCAGCUAGCCAUUAGAUAAACCCACGACAUUUUUUGUAAACUAAGAGUGUUUCGUAGGUUUUGUGUUUGAAUGUUCGGCUCCGGUUAAUGAAAAAUGGAUAAAUUGUGGUGUCGGAAAAAAGUGUGAUAAUUUAAUUUUUAGCGGCUAUGGCUGUUCAGUAAAGUGUUUUGUCAUUCUGAUUUGUUUUAUUCGUAUUUGUAUUAUAUUAUAUUAAGUUCGGUUUAAUUAUUUCAAUUAACAAUGGUAAAAGAGAAACCAAAUUCCAUCCGUAUCUACGACGAAGAAGGAUUUCGGCGACGUGCUGCAUGCAUAUGUGUCCGAUCAGACGCCGAAACCGAGGUGCUGCUGGUAACAUCGUCCAGGAAACCGGAAAAAUGGAUCGUGCCGGGUGGAGGCGUCGAACCGGAGGAGGAGCCCAGUGUCACCGCCACCAGGGAGGUUCUGGAGGAGGCUGGGGUCAUUGGCAAGCUGGGCCGUAGCUUGGGAGUCUUCGAAAAUUUGGAACACAAAGACAGAACUGAAGUGUACGUGAUGACGGUAACAGAGGAGCUGGACGAAUGGGAAGAUUCGAAAACAAUAGGAAGGAAGAGACAGUGGUUCACCAUCGAGGACGCCCUGGAACAGCUCGCUUUACACAAACCGGUGCAACGGAACUACUUGCAGCAAUUGCGUCGCUCCAAACUUACAUGACUCUAUUUCUUAUAAUUAUCAUUAUAAAAAUACUGUUACUGUCGAACACGCUUUAAGGUUUCAUCAGUUUAAUUCUAUUUUUAAAUUUUGUUUUUUUUUUUUUGUAAUCGACGAUACUGUGAGUUGUUUUAACCAGUUCAAUUUGUAGUUUAUCAUUUCGCAAUAAUAUGCUCUCCGUUUUUGUAAAUCUCGAUUCCUGCAUCCCAUUCGUAUUAAUUUAUAUGUAAUUAUAAGAUUAAUGUUUCAAAAAUAUUAAUUUGCUAUUUUUGUUAUCACUAUAUUAAGUUGAAAAAUAAAACUGUUAAUUAAUUUUUA